CUCUGUCAGCUCGCUUUUGACCUUAGAGCUCGCCGCCGCACCGUCGAUGAAGUGUUAUCCGCCUAUGACGAAGCGAGCCAAGAAAUGAGUAAGAAGAAGAAGAAGGUAGACCCACUUGCUUCGGAAGAGGAGAUUCAAGAACUUCAUGAUGUUUCGUCUGGUAUCCAGCCUCAAAGAAUCAACCACUUCAUCCCGAGUUUAAUGCCAGGCUUCUAUGAUUGGAUCUGGUAA